AUGCCCGUCGAGCCUCCCAUACAUUACCAGCAGUCCACCCCAACCAAUCCAUUACCUCUGAAACCUACCGCCCAAACAUCGGGGCCCGCCAAAGGCAUACCCGGGAUAUCGUCUAGCAGCACGGACGCCGCACAAGAGCCCUCUACAUCCGCCCCGUCCCGCAACGGCAACCGUCCUUCCUCACGCUCCACCGAGAAGCGGGACACCAUCGUUGCCCCUUCACCGGCCUCGGGCGGAAUCCCCGAGCCCACACCAGCCUACCUCCUCCGCGCCUCCUUCCUCCCCUUGCCCUCACCGGUUCCGCGGCCGCUGCUCGUCGUGAUGGACCUCAACGGGACGCUUCUCUACCGGCCCAACAAGCGCGGGGCGCCCUCGCGGUUCGUCGAGCGGCCGCUGGCCAAGGAGUUCCUGCGGGCGUGCCUCGACAACCCCAACAUCCGGGUGGCCAUCUGGUCGUCGGCCCGACCGGAAAACGUCGGGCGCAUGUGCGCCCAGCUACUCUCCCCGCAGGACCUUGCGCGCGUGGUGGCAGUGUGGGGCCGCGACCGGUUCGGGCUGUCCCAGGACGACUACAACCGGCGCACGCAGUGCUACAAGCGGCUGACGCGGCUCUGGAGCGACCCGGCCGUCAGCGCGUCCCACCCGGAGGCGUCCCUUGGCAGCGUCUGGAACCAGGGCAACACGGUGCUCAUUGACGACAGCCCUGAAAAGGCGCGCAGCGAGCCGCACAAUGCCGUCACUCUGCCCGAGUUCACGGGAAACGUAAAUGAGCGGCCGCACAUCCUGUCUCUUGUGCUGGACUACCUCGACCAGCUGGCUUGGCAGAUGGAUAUUAGCACCUACAUAAGGGUUCGGCCCUUUACUGUACAGGUAGAGCAAUGA